AUGGCAUCCGCGAUCCUCAAACCUCUAGCAAUAUUUUACAGUCAGUCCCAAUCACAGCGGUAUAACAAAACCACCAGAAAUGUGGGCGAUGCAUGGCGCACGCUCGCAGAAAAGCCGUCUACAGACGCUGACCAGUCGACUGUCAUCGAAACUACGUUCGACUUCGUCCUAGAAAUCAACUAUGCGUCCGGCCAGAGACCUGAACUCAACACGACACCGUCAAACAUAAGAGCGGUUGAAAUGGAAAACCCACGAAUCCCUACCAUCCGCGCAGACAGCACCUCUUCGACACUAUCGCAUUUUUGCCGACUACGGGACGGAUUUCAUCUGGCGACAGCCUCAAUCCAACACCACAUAACCUAUUUUGACUACACUAGUCUAAAUCCCAACCAAACCACCAUGUCCUUCCCCUACCAACACUUCCUCCUUAUCGGCGCCACCUCCGGCAUAGGCGCCGCAAUGGCCGACCGACUGAUCGCGCACGGCGCCAAAGUGACAGCUGUCGGACGCCGCCAGGACCGCCUCGACGCCUUCGUACAGAAGCACGGCCCCGAGAAGGCCAGCGCCGUGGCCUUCGACCUCAGCCAGACGGAGCAGAUCCCCGGGUUUGUCGCGGACGUGACGACGCGGUUCCCAAGUAUCGACUGCGUGUUUUUGAACGCGGGUCGUCAGCGCCAAUAUGAUCUGUCGACGCCCGAGGGGUUCGAUCUCGAGGGCUUCCAGUAUGAGGUGCAGGUGAACUUUACGAAUCUGGUGGUCCUGACGCAGGCGUUUCUGUCGUUUUUGAGGGGUAAGGCGGAGAAGGGGAAUGGGGGGUUUCUCUUUACCGGUACCAACCUGGCUGUCAUCCCGGCUUACCCCAUGCCGGCCUACUCUGCCUCUAAGGCCGCAUUGAGUGCAUUCGUGCUGUCCUUGCGUCAUCAGCUGAAGAAGACGAAUGUGAAGGUGAUUGAGCUGUCGCCGCCUGCUGUUCAGACCGAAUUGCAUGAUUACAUGACUCCCGAGAUUGGACGCACCGUGGGCAUGCCGUUGGACCAGUUCGUCGACCAGGCCUUUGCCGGUUUGCUGGAGGGCAAGGACCAGGUGGUUGUGGGCAGCAUUGGGAACUCAGAGAGAUUCCACCUGAUUGUUGAAAAGCGACGGGAGGCGUUCGAGGAGCUGGCGGCGAUUAUUGAUAGCCACCAUUAG